AAAAUGUUUAAAUUUAUAACAGUUUUGAGUUUGGCAUUAGUGACGGUUAAUGCUUACGAUUUUACGGAUACAUAUUUUAAUCAAUAUCUAUUCGAUGAAUAUGAAUCGUUACAAUCAACGUUAUUAUCCCGUCAUCGUCGUGAUGUUAGUGAAAUUAAUGUGGAUGAAAUGAAACCCUCGAAGGAAUGUGAAAGUCAUUAUCAUCACAUGAUGAUGUCGAAAAAGGAUUUAACUUGCUGUGAAUCGAAUCAUCAUGAUCCCAGUUAUUUCUCAAUGAUCCGUGAAACGAAAAAACAAUGUGCCAUGAAAUUGAGAACCAAUAAUCCCGAUGUUGAAAAUUUCGAUCCAUUCAAUUGUGAAUAUAUGUCGAAAAUUAAGGAUUUGAUUAUUUGCGAAAGUGAAUGCGUUGCCAAAAGCCUUAACUUAUUGGACGAUAAUGGUGAGAUUAACCGUGAUGCUGUUAUUGCCAGUUUCAAACAACACAUGUCGGAGGACAGCGCCAAACAACAAAGCGUUUUGGAAGGCUAUGUGGACAAGUGUUUGGCCAAAAUUAAGAAUAUGGACACCAAAGUAGCUGGCAAAUGUAGCAGUGCACCCAUGGAAUUACAUCAUUGCAUGUUCGGUGAAAUGGUCUCGGGAUGUCCGGCUGAGGCGCAAGUUAAUACUCCACGCUGUCAGAGGAUACGUGAACGUUACAGCAAGGGUCAGACAUUGGCAUUCGGUAAACAUGCUUUACACGAAUUUUUGCAUUCUGGACGUGGACGUGGCGGUCACACUCAUCAUUAUGGCCACAAAGAUCAAAUGUAA